CGGGGACCGGAGCGGGCGGUGACGGGACACGAACAACCCACCCAUCAGCCCGGCCCGUCCGGCGCUGUCGGCGGCCGCGCGCGCCUGAUUCUGUGUUUCACGAGCACAGGUCACACUCCAAGCCGGUGCCUGAGGACUCUGCCUGUCUCUGUACCCGCUGCAGGAGCAGGCAGACCCGUUUGGCAAGUGUGACCCUGCCUGUCAGCUGUGUGUUGGACAUCCCUGGGGAGACAGCUGAGAAGACCUUGGGAAGAAAAGAACUGAAGCUGGGCGGGUCUGGGGCAGAAAAAUCAGUGAAGGAGGAACUUAGUCAUAAGAAUUACAACCACACCAAGGUAAUCAUCAGCUUUGUUAGGAGUGGCCUCAAACGAACUGGGAACCAGCAGCAGGAAAAGACUACUGCGGGGCAGGAGAAGUGGUGCAAUCCAGUGUCCACAGCUGCUGGGCUGUCCUGAACCCACACAUGGUGGCUCCUGGAAUUCCCUUUCAGCCAGGAGGACACUGCACUCGUGCAGAGCAGUUGCCUGAGCCUUGACUGGUGCCCAUGUUCAAAGAAGGCAGAGGUUGGAGACCUCCUUGCUUGUAGCUGAACAUGGCAGGGGAUGUGAAGAGGUUCACACGAAUGCUCCUGGAAUGCAGCAGCAAUGACAAGCUGUGUGUUGUGCGUGAAUAUCAACCUGAAGUGAUCGUUGUCCCAGUUCUCCUUGUGGGGUCUUUUGUCAUCGUGCUCACUGUGAUCCUUUGGCUCCACUGUCGAGGCUUGAGAGCAAAGCAGGAGCAACCCCCCCCACCAUCUGGAACCCAAGUGAAGACAAAGAACCAUCAGGAAUUCUGCUCAGCAGAGAAUGGCUGCAUGCAGCUGAGUGAGACAUCCGUGGAGAGCCUGCUAAAAUCUGCAUCCCUGACUCUGAAGGAACUGCAGAUACCACGAGAGAAACUCCUGCCGGGCACCUUCCAGCUGAUAAAACACAGUGGCCGUGGGAGCAUCUACAGAGCACAGCUGGAAACUGGGAGCUCUGGGAAGACUAGGACUGUGGUGCUGAAAGCCUUACAAGGCCUAGGCAGUCCCCAGGAAGUAAAGGAUUUCCUGGGGAGGAUUAAAUUCCAUCAAGAUCUUGGCCAUCAUGAGAACCUGGUUGAGCUGGUUGGAUGUUGUGUAGACAAACUCCCACUUUAUAUGAUCAUGGAAGACGUGUCUCUUGGUGACCUGCUGACGUUUCUGUGGACAUGUCGGAAGGAUGUAAUGGCAAUGGAUGGGAUCCCCUAUGACCUCACUGAGAGGCAAGUUUAUGAAGUUGGACAGCAGGUUGCAGCAGCCCUGGCUUACCUUGAAGAGAAGAAGCUGUUCCAUGGUGAUAUUGCUGCCAGGAAUGUCCUCCUCCAUCCCAACUUCUCUGCCAAGCUCUGUGGUUUGGGUCUGGCCUAUGAAACCCACGCUCGUGGUGCCACCUCGGUCACACGGGGUGUGCCAGUCAAGUGGCAGGCCCCAGAGAGGCUCCUGAGGAAGCCCCCCAGCAUCAAGGCAGACGUGUGGUCUUUUGGAAUUCUACUGUAUGAAAUGAUUACAUUAGGUGCUCCACCGUAUCCUGAGGUGCCACCUCCUGACAUCUUAUCACACCUGCAGAGACAGAACAUCAUGAAGCAGCCCUCACUCUGCCAGCAAGCCAUGUACACCAUCAUGAAGUCCUGCUGGCAGUGGGAUGCAGCUAACAGGCCUUCUCCAGCACAGCUCCUCUGGUCCCUGAAAACAGCUCUGAAGAGCAGCAAUGGCCACACAGUUCUGCAGGUGCCUGAGCCAGUGGUGCCUGAACUCUAUGCUGAUGUUGCUGGUGUUGAUGUGCACAGUGUAGUGAGGGAAUACACCAUCCUAUGAAGGGCCCUUCCACGUGCUGGUGAAGGAGAAGUCACUUGAGUUUUCUCUUCCUAAAUAUUUUGGAAGCUCAGCAUGAGGUGUGUGUGUUGGAAGGGAUCCCUUUGUUUUUCAGACAUGUUUAUAUAUCUCAAAUCUCUCCUCCAGGCCAGACACAACAAGCUAUUAACAUUGUUAUUAAAUCAACCUGUUGAUAUCAUUCUACCAGUGGUCAUUUGGGAGAUAACUGCUUUUAGGGAGCUGUAGAAAAUGUAAUGAGAAGCUGGAGUUAAAGGAGUGUAUUAGGUUUGUGUGGCAAGGAUUUGGUUAUGGGGUGGACUACAGGGGUGACUUCUGUGAGAAGAGAUUCCACCUGCAGCCCAUGGAGGAGCCCACACUGGAGCAGGUGGAUGCCUGAGGGAGGCUGUGACCCCGUGGGAAGCCUGGGCUGGAGCAGAGACCUGGGAGGGAGCUGUGGAGAGAGGAGCCCACUCUGGAGAAGGACUGCACCCUGUGGAAAGGGACCCGUGCUGGACGGAAGGGCUCAGGCUGGAGAAGUUCCUGGAGGAUCCCACACUGGAGCAGGGAAAGAGUGUGAGGAGUCCUCCCCGUGAAGAGGAAGGAGCAGCAGAGACACCGUGUGAUGGACUGACCACAACCCCCAUUCCCGGUCCCCCUGCUGGACAGGAGGAGGCAGAGAAACCGGGAGUGAAGCUGAGCCUGGGAAGGAGGGAGAGGUGAGGGAAAGCGCCUUAAGAUUUGGUUUUAUUUCUCAUUAUCCUACCCGAAUUUGAUUAGCAAUAGAUUAAUUUCCCCCAAGUCGAGUCUACUUUGCCCAUAGUGGUAAUCGGUGAGUGAUCUCUCCCUUAGCUUGACCUAUGAGCCUUUCUUUGUUGGAUUUUCCCUCCCCUGUCCAGUUGAGAAGAGGGAGUCGGGGAGUGGCUGGAGGGGCACCUGGAAUUUAGCCAGACUCAACCCACUAUGAGGUUUCUGGAAGUCUUUCCCUUUCCUUUCUGUCCCAGGAAAUGCAUCAGUUGGGCAUUCAGAGAAGUAGAUGUGUUGGGGAAUGUGCUGGAGAAGUGUUCAGUAAAUGUCUGGGAUCUCUCCAGUGCUUUAUACUCCCAUGGGAGAGUGGGUACUGUGUUAAAACAAACAAGCAAAACCCCAAACAAACAAAAAACCCCAAACAAAACCAACAGCAACAACAAAACUGAGCAAAGUCCUUCGUAUCUGAAAAUAUUUGAUCAUUAAUUUUAAUGGGCAUGCAGACUUGGUAAAAAAUUGGAGGUACUUGAAGUUGUGAGCAUUUUGCCUUCAUUCCAAAAGAAGCAGAAUCAGUCUGUGAAACAAAUUUCCUCUUCUCCCCUCUGCUGUUUGUGGUUUCUAAGUUGACAGUGCCUUAAGGUUUUCUUCUCUCAUUGUUUUGGUGCUUUGAGCAUUACAGGUUCUUGUGAAAAAAGAGUAAAUGCACUUGAAUCAUUUUAGCAUUCUGUGUGGAGUGGAUUCAGUGUUCACUCAGUAUCCCUCCAAUGACUCUUGUUUGAAGUUGAAGGGCACAGAGACCCACAAAAGGCUGCUUGCAGUUGGUUAUAUUAAUUGGUUUUCAGUAUUUCAUGUAGCUGAAUCCCUGAUAAUUCCAGAACCAGUUGCAGGCCUGCAGCAUCCCAUGAGACCAAAAUUAGGUGUGUGAGCCAUGUAGGAUUUAAAGUGUGAAAAAGCUAAAUGAUUGCUCUUCAAAAUGGGAAUGUUUAUCCUGAAGGAAAUCUUCAACCACCACUUUAAAUAUUAAACCUAUAUAGCUGUAAAAAGAAACCUGGUUUCCAUCAAAAUUUAUUGGUCUUCUUCUAAAAACAAUGUUAAGAAGUUUUCCAUUUUGAAUGCAAAGUAACAUGAAUGACAUGGUUGUUUUUUCUGUAUCACUUAGGCUUUGUAAGAAACUGUGUUUCUAUCCAGAAAUAAAUGUCAUGUGAGUUCCUACAGCAUCUAUAUGACCACUAAACACUGGGACAUUGCAAAGUCCACGUAUAUCACCACUAUACAUUGCAAAGUCCACCAGAGAGGGCUCAGUUACCUUUCUGACUUCUCUUAUGGUGUUGCCACCUUGAUGUCCAUAAACCACUGGUGGUGUAAAUCAGAUAUAAAGAAUGGAAACAUCUUCUUUUCCAAAUGCUAAAAUUAAACAUCUUCUUCUCUCCCCCUCACUUGAAAACAGGUUCAAAGCUGCCUGGUAAAUUUAGGUCAAAUUCACAGUUACCUGUCAUUUAGGUGAAUAAACUAUUCAUUAAAAAAAAGCAUUUAAUUGGUUCAGACCCCAAGAAUGGGAUAUUCUCAAAGGUCUGUGCUGUGAAAGGUGUUUCAGACAGGUAACACGAUCCCAGAACUGCUGCUGCAGAGCUGGUGAAUAAACCCUGUCAAACAGAGAGCUAAAGGUAACAAACACGGCCCUGUUCUCAGAGCACAGAAAGCAAAGUCCUGCUUUACACAAAUGCUCAUAUUUUGUUUCUCUUGUCAAAGCUCUGAUCAAGGGAAUCCAUGGGAAUUCGGGAUGCUGAGCACCUCACAGCCUCCAACAAAAGAUCUGCUUUGGUUUCCCCUGAAAGCAAAUCUGUGCCAAGAGCCUGCUCAUGAAUUUGUCCACAGAAAGACAUUUUCCUGCUCUAUGAAAAGGUCUAAUUUAAUUUCCCUUCAAUAAAGUGGCCUCAUUCUCAAUCUCAUUCUUAUUCUGAGCUGACUGUCUUUUCCCAAGGUUGGUUUGGAAGUGACUGAAUCUAAACCAGAUUAAGUUUUACAGUGGCAUGAAAGGAAUUAUACAUGUGGAGUUGCCCUAGUUUAACCACACUUCAUGCUAAUUAAAGUAGUCUAUAUAGAAGUUUUUUUCCACAGAGCAGUGUCCAUUCGUGCAGCUACAUUUUUAGCAUCAGUGUAGACUCGUGAAUUCCUCCUUAGUGAAUCCACUGAGGGCCUGGUGACAUUUUUUUCAGAUGUUGUGUGCAGAAUCAUGGCUUUUUAAUGCCAGCCCUUGUUUUAUUUGUUUAAUUGGAAUAUUUUGUUCCCAUGAAAAAUGCAAACUUUUAAUUAUUAUAUUGAAAUUAUAUAUCUAUUAUAUUAGGAGCAGUUAACACCACAGCAUAUAAACGACAUGCAUUUGAGUCUU